AUGUGGCAGCCCUGCGUUCCUCAAAGCCCUUCCCAGCGCUCUCAUUGGCCCGGGGACUGUGAGAAACUCCAACAAGCCCAAGACCCACACAUUCAUAUGGAGAUUUGGGUGUAUAAAUACAGGGCAGAGGCAGAGGAGAAGGCAGCUCAGAUUCAACUGGCUCUUCAAACCAAGCAGGAACGCGCUGACUCUACAGCUAUGGCACCCACUGUUUUCUCUAAGGAACACCUGACUCCUGCUCAUAAGCUGAGAAAGCCAAUGGUGGAGAAACUGCGCAGAGACCGCAUCAACACCAGCAUCGAGCAGCUGAAAUCCCUGCUGGGUCCAGAGUUCCUCAGGCAGCAGCCCGAUUCCAAGCAAGAGAAGGCGGACAUCUUGGAGAUGGCUGUGUCUUUUCUGAGAAGCUGGCAGCAGAAGCAGCAGCAGCAGCAGCAGCAGCAGCAGCAGCAGCAGCAGCAGCAGCACGUCAGCGUGACCUCUGGCCUGACGACGGCCAGCGACGGCUACUCCCGCUGCGUGCAGGAGGCCGUCAGCUUCCUGUCCCACUGCGAGGUCCAGACUCAGGCCCACAGACGGCUCCUCAGCCACUUCCAGGGCCUGCAGGCGUCCAGCAGGACCGGCCAAGCUCCCUGCGCCCUGUCACCUCCUGGCUCUCCUCUCCGUCAGGUCAGCUCCAGCAAGGGUGUGAGCCAGGCCAGCUGUGGUCUGUGGAGGCCUUGGUAGGAUGGAGGCAGCAUCACCUCCACAAAGACAGAAAGAGAUCUACGUCUGUGAAUGUCAUGGACAGAAAGUUAAAGACUCACUGAAGUCUGUUUCAUUUUGCUUUGGCAGGAGAUUCAAUAUUGUUAAGUGUUAUACUAGUGUGGCGAAAUGGGCUCAAUGUCCCAGUAUUCCUUUGGAAGGACUGAAAGGAUUCAGGUUUUACUGAAUAUGUACACCAUGUGUAUUAUACUCUAUAUAAUUUAGAGUGUUCACUCUGUGAUUGUGUCAAUUGUUCCUUUGGAAAAGCAGAUCCUGGAUUUUAUUUGUGAGUCCACAUUAUUUAAGUGUCUGAGACACUGAUUGACUGACGUGUUUAAACCACUGUCUAUCUUUGAUACUGAGUAUCACUGACUGAUACCUUGAUCAUCUUGGCGCUGAUGAAGCAACAACAUCCCAUUAAUGGAUCCCAUGGAUCCACUUUUACUGUAAAUCUUGUUAUGAUUAUACUUUAUAAUGACUAUUUGUAACCAUUAUUUGGCCUAUGUGUGAAGUGAGUGUUACUGCUGAAAUUGUACCUGCUAACUGUUCAGUUGUGAUGUUCAUAAUAGAUGUUUUUUCAUCUUCAAAUGAAUACCUUUUAUAAAGGCAUUUUAUGUUGACAU